UGAGGAAGGCUACUGCGGAUAUUACGGCAAUUUCUACAGAGUAGAAGAGAUAAACAAACAUGUGAAUUUACAGAGAAGACAUUUACUUAAUCAGAAUUAAUUCUUUCCUCAUCCUAUAAAUUGUCUUCGAAUUUUUCGUAGCGUCGUCACUUUUUUGGGCGUCCGGUGAAAGAAAAAUAAUCUGUCUUCUUUCGAGUAAAACGAAGUUGUCUUGCCAAAAGAAGGACGAUGGGUGGAAAAAUGGCGUGAAACGAUGAGCUUUACAUCAUUCUUCAUCUGACUGCUGUCAGAGACAGGUGUGUGUGUGAUCAUUCCUCAACCCAAAGGGAGACUGGGAUUCAUUUGCUCCUAAGUUCACUUGAAUUAGACGUCUAAAGUCAUGGCUUGGGCUCUGAAACUACCUCUGGCCGAUGAGGUGAUCGAGUCUGGUCUGGUCCAGGACUUUGAUGCCAGUCUGUCAGGGAUCGGGCAAGAGCUUGGAGCUGGUGCUUACAGCAUGAGUGAUGUGCUAGCUCUCCCCAUCUUUAAGCAGGAGGAAUCUAAUUUACCUCCGGAAAGUGACAAUAAGAUCCUUCCCUUCCAGUACGUACUGUGUGCCGCCACCUCCCCUGCUGUCAAACUACAUGAUGAGACGCUCACCUACCUCAAUCAAGGACAGUCUUAUGAGAUUCGAAUGCUGGACAAUCGGAAAAUGGGGGAGCUUCCUGAGAUCAACGGGAAAAUGGUGAAGAGCAUCAUCCGCGUUGUGUUUCACGAUCGCCGCCUUCAGUACACUGAACACCAGCAGCUGGAGGGCUGGCGCUGGAACAGGCCGGGAGACAGAAUCCUUGAUUUAGAUAUCCCGAUGUCAGUAGGGGUGGUCGAUCCCAGGGCAAACCCUACACAGCUCAACACGGUGGAGUUCCUCUGGGACCCCUCGAAGAGGACCUCUGUGUUUAUUCAGGUCCAUUGUAUAAGCACAGAGUUCACCAUGCGUAAGCAUGGAGGAGAGAAGGGAGUGCCGUUCCGUAUUCAAAUCGACACUUUCAAGGAGAACGAGGCUGGGGAGUACACUGAGCAUCUGCACUCCGCCAGCUGCCAAGUCAAAGUUUUUAAGCCUAAAGGUGCGGACAGAAAGCAGAAAACGGACAGAGAAAAAAUGGAGAAACGAGCACCGCAGGAAAAGGAGAAAUACCAGCCUUCAUAUGAAACCACCAUUCUCACUGAGUGCUCUCCAUGGCCUGAGAUUACAUACGUCAACAAUUCCCCAUCACCAGGUUUCAACAGCUCCCACAACAGCUUUCCUGUGAUUGAAGGAAAUGGUUCACCCACUCUCCAGCCGGAGCCUGUGGUGCAGUUAGCUGAUUUGUCGUGCCACCUACUUACAAGAGACAGUGAAAGCAAUCAGAAUCUGUUGCCCACGGCAACGCCACAGGAAGCACAGCAGUGGCUCCAUAGAAACCGUUUUUCACCAUUCUGCCGUCUCUUCUCAAACUUCUCGGGGGCCGAUCUGCUUAAACUGACCCGAGAGGAUGUCAUCCAGAUCUGUGGACCUGCUGAUGGCAUUCGGCUAUUUAAUGCGCUCAAAGGACGGGUGGUCCGUCCAAGGCUCACCAUCUAUGUGUGCCAGGAGUCCCAACAGACUCGUGAACAGCACCAGAAACAUGAGAACGGAGACGGGUCUAGCAACGCAUUCUUUGUGUAUCAUGCCAUCUAUCUGGAGGAGUUAACAGCUGUGGAACUGACAGAAAAGUUGGCUCAGCUCUUCAGCAUCUCUCCACGCCAGAUCAGUCAGAUCUUCAAGCAGGGACCCACUGGUAUCCAUGUGUUAGUCAGUGAUGAGAUGAUUCAGAACUUUCAAGACGAGAUGUGUUUUGUCCUGGACACAAUGAAAGCUGAAACAAACGAUGGCUAUCACAUCAUUUUGAAGUGAAAACAGAGGAUGUGGGGGAGAGAACAGGCCCCUUAUGUUUUCCUUAGGAUUCAACCCGCAGCCCUUUCCCUGAACACUUUCCUGGACGUUACCGAAGAUCACUUGGCAUGGAAUAAUAAUGGAGGCGUUCAUGGGAAAGGAAAAAAGGCACCUGACACAUUUUGAAACCUUUACUGGAAACCUUUAUCCAUGGAGUGUGUGCUGCCUUGUUCCACCCCUUCCCAUUUACACUUGCAAAACAAAUUACAGAAUUUCUAUUUUACUAACUUUCUUCGCAUUGAUUUGCUUUGUUGCUGUUUUUAAAGGCAGAAAAAUAUGUUUAUAAUGCGCUACGGCCUUACCGGCUUAAACAGAGAGAAUUGGCUGGCAUACAGCAUUAUUUGGUGUUGUCUGCCUGGAUGUCACCCCCCGAGUAUUUUAGCUGCUUAUGCUACAGUCCCAAGUGAAGUGCAGUCCACAUUGCUCAAUGAAUACAUGCUUUAUAAACAACAAAAGGCCCAGAGAUUUCCAGGACACUUAUGAAAUUGCCUCCGUUCAUGAUGUAUGUUGUCGUCAGUUCUCUCACCUGUGGGGAAAAAGUAGGCAGUCCCGUUCUUAUAUUGUCACCCCAAUUUUUACAGAAAUGGUUUAGCGAAUGAUCGUGAUAUGAUCACAGAUGUUGUGAGGGACAGAAUGAAUGAAAUUCCCUCUGUACUGCCACACUGUUUUCAAGUUACAGGUUCACGGCGAGCAGCUUGACUAAAGCAUUGCUGCGUGAAUUAUGCUUUUCAUAAAUUAAUUGAUUUCUAAAGCCUUGUGGACGAGACUGUGACCGUUGGACAUGAUAUUAGGUUCAGUAGCUUUGAUCCCUGAUGAUUUUUCAGGUGUUGCUGCAAAUGCACGUCAUGAUGAACAGCAGCAGUGGGCAUUAUAUAUGUGCGUCUUUUAUUUUAUUUUUUUAACAUUGUGCUUAACACCUCUCCCCCCUUUCAUUUUUUCAUCAUUGCAUAUACUAGAAUAAUUUUUACAACUGUCUGACUUGCCAGAGCACUAUUUUAUGGUAUAAGAGAGAUUAUGAUUUACUUUCUUUUUGUUUCCUUUUGGAUAUGACCACUGAUGUACUAAUCUUUCAGGUCAGGUAAAGGGGAGAAAUAUUGCACUGCAUGAGAAAUGGUAGCGGUGGUUAGUGCUAGACACAAACCAGACCAAGAUGGUAAAGACGUGAGGUAUUGUCUGUUGUAACCCUUUACCGUGUCGUUGCAAUUAUUAAAAUGACUUGCCUUGAAA